CGCAAGCUUCACCAGUGUGUUGCGUGUCCAGGCGCUUCGCCGGUGCGCUGCGCGUCCCGGCGGCAAUGCGUCAGGCAAGCAGGCAGCAGUUCUUCUCUCGCAGGCGGCAAGAGCAAGACGCAGCGUGAGCUGAGAUUGCACCAGCACUCGGGGGCGGCGACAAAGGACGCUUCAGACCGCCUGCUUCGUGCGGUAAGUCCCUCGCCAGCAAGCGCUGAAUCGACGAAGGACAAGUUAGCAAAGUGAGGCUAGCGGGCUGUAAAACACUAGCCCAGAGUAAAAGGAGGCAAAACAGAGGCUAUAAGCCACGCGCAUGCGCAUUGAUACCAGUUAAAGCCAUAUUGAUCUAGCCCUGCGCUGCUCCGCGACAGCUGCACCCCCAGACGCCGUCGCCGUGUGCUGCACACUGCACUGCUCAAGAGGCGCACCGCGGGCCGCAGCCGUGCCACCGGACGCCGCCGCGGCGCAGCCAAGAACAGCGCAAAGACGCAAAGAUGGACGCCCUCGCGGCCGAGAUCGCAAAAAAGCGCAAGCAGGUCGACGGCGCCAAGGGCGGCGACGCGAAGCGCCGCUGGGUCCGCACUGCCGACUUGCAACAGCAGCGGCGCAAGGACAUCGAGGCAUCGGCCGCGCGCAAGCCGGUCGCCAGACCCGUCGUUGUGGAAGAAGUUCAACCGACCACACCGAAAGACGACGACCGUAUUGAAGAGCGCGUCAAAGCGUUAACUAAACUGCCGCAAGGAGACGUGAUCAAGCGCCUGAGGCAACUGGGCCAGCCCGUCACGUUAUUUGGAGAGACUGCUGAUGAGAGAAUACGACGAUUAGCAUUACAUGAUCCGCGGAACGAGGGGGAGGACGACUUCCGGCUGCGAGGGGGGCACGAGAUCAGCGAGGCCAAAGAAACCAAGGAAGAAAAAGAGGAGGAAGAAGAUCUGACAGACGACUUUUCUCGUAUCAGAUCCUGGAUCAAGGCGCGGCUCAAGGCCUGGGAGGCGGCCCUCGAAUCUAGGAGUGAUGCGGACAAGCGCUCCGCGCAGGGCCGGCUCAAAACAAAAACUUAUAAACAAACGAAGGAGUACAUACGACCCCUGACAAGGCUAUGUAAAAGAAAGGGCCUCGAGCCGUCCAUCAAAUCUAGCUUGAUAGAGAUGAUCGCGCACUGCGACGCGGGCGAGUUCGUGAAAGCGAACGACGCGUACAUUCUCGUGGCGAUCGGCAACGCGGCCUGGCCCAUAGGUGUGACCUCGGUAGGUAUCCACACGCGGACCGCCCGAGAAAAGGUCGAGCAGAAGAACGUGGCCCACGUCAUGAACGACGAGGCCCAGCGGAAGUAUCUCACGUCGUUCAAGCGGCUGAUGAAGUUCGAACAAGAUAGAAGGCCCGACGUCGCGCCGUCGAAGAAGGUACUCUAGUAACAACAUUGUGAUUAAUAACUAUCGCGUCUGAUGGUGCGUUCCCGGGUCGCGGCGACGGCGUAGUAGGACACUGCCCCACGAGCACGGCGUCG